UGUAAUAUUCCAUAUAUCUAGUGGGAGUCGACCCUAAAAAAAAUGACAGCCCUGGAUGGAGAACUGCAUGCUGAUUUGGGCAGUCUGAUUGAAUGAGACAAGGAUAACACAAGAAAGCUUCCGAUUGCUGUUAUCAAACAUUUUCUACUUUCGCUUUGUUGACAACGUGUGAACUUGGUGGUCUGAGAAAUAGCACAUGUGUCAUUACUAAGACCAUUUAUUUUUGAGUAGAUAUUUGGAUAUAGUUUGAUAUGUCUGGACCCCGUGUGAUGUGUGUGGGACUUGCUUGUGUUGACAUUAUAAGUGUGUGCAAAAAUUAUCCCGAGGAAGACAGUGAUCAAAGAGUGUUGGAUUUCUAUUGGCAGAAGGGAGGAAAUGCUUCUAACACGAGCUCUGUUCUAUCACUACUGGGAGCCCAGUCGGAGUAUAUGGGAAGCUUUGCUAAUGAUAAUGAAAUGAGGUUUUUGAAGGAGGACUUUGACAGUUUUGGGGUGUCCACCUCUCACUGUGUUACAUACAAUACAGGCUACAUCACUCCUACCUCUGUUAUAAUUGUCAACUCACAAAACGGAUCCAGGACCAUACUACAUGCCAGCAAGAAUUUGCCUGAAAUUACUUUAGACGACUUCAAAGCUGUUAAUCUGAAAAAUUACAAAUGGAUACAUUUUGAGGGAAGACCAAGUUUCAAUACCCCAGCCUAUGAAAUAGUCUGUAUGUUAGCUCAAAUUGAUGAGUACAACCUCUCAGUGCCAGAAUCCGAGCAGGUCCAGACUUCAGUGGAAAUAGAGAAACCUGCCAGACCAGAACUGGACCAGCUCCUGGACAAAGCUAAGUAUGUGUUUGUCAGUAAGGAUUACAGUCAGAAUCAAGGACUAAGGAGUAAAGAGGAGGCUGUCAGAGGAUUC